AUGGUUAAGCGUCUCAUUAUCAAAUUAAUAAUUGAAGUUGGUUCAACAGUUGCGAAAUCGUUUAUGAAGGCAUAUUAACAGAGUGCAAAAUGUAUUCAUGUGUGAAGAUGAUUAGAAUAGGGAGGAAAGUCAGCAAAUCCGUUUAGCGAGUUUUUGAAUCAGACGAUGCAAGCGGCGAAUUUGACACAUAAACCUAUGUCAAGGGAUGAAGCGUUUAAAAUAUUGUAAUUGACAGCUGAGAAGGCUAAUGCGGAAGAAAUAUUGAAAGUAUAUAUUGUUAUGGAGGAUUAAGAUUUAUUGGAGAUAGUUUCACAAGAAUGAUCCAGUAAAGGGAGGAUCAUUUUAUAUUCAAUCGAUGGUGCACAAUGCCAAAUGCGAAUUGAUGAAGGAUUUUCCAGAUGUGAAUGAGAAGGAGAUUUUGGAGAAGUUAAGGAAGGAGGAGGAGAGUCAGAAAGGGAAGGAGGAAGAGGCGAAGUAGGAGGAAUAGAAGGAAAAUUGA